AUGUGUGAAUCUGGCUUGUUUGAUGAAAGAGGAAGUGCGUGACUGAACUGCUGAUUACGGAAAUAUCUGCUCAGCCAGAAUCAAAUAAAUAAAGGAUUAAUAUCGGGUCGCCACCUGUGUAAUCCUGUAACACUGUCCACAAUGUCCAGGCAAUCCAACCGAACAACAGACAGCAAGAAGAUGAACUCUGAGCUGUUCACUCUAACCUAUGGAGCCCUGGUCACCCAGCUUUGUAAAGACUAUGAGAAUGACGAGGAAGUCAAUAAACAGCUGGACAAGAUGGGUUAUAACAUUGGAGUCCGUCUCAUAGAAGACUUUCUGGCGCGCUCCAGCAUCGGCAGGUGUCAGGAUUUCCGAGAAACAGCGGAUGUCAUCGCUAAGGUUGCAUUUAAGAUGUACCUGGGAAUCACCCCCAGUGUGACCAACUGGAGCCCAGCAGGAGAUGAAUUCUCCCUCAUGCUUGAGAACAACCCGCUUGUUGACUUUGUGGAGUUGCCAGACAACCACAGCACGUUGAUCUACUCCAACCUGCUGUGUGGAGUCCUCAGGGGAGCCCUGGAGAUGGUCCAGAUGGCUGUGGAUGUGAGAUUUGCUCAGGACACUCUGAGAGGGGACAAUGUGACAGAAAUCCGCAUGAAGUUUAUCAAGAGGAUCGAAGAGAAUCUCCCCGCAGGAGAUGAAUGAUGAGAAAAAAAACAUAUCUCAACUUCUAGUGUCUCAUUUUGGGAGAACACCUUCACAUCUUGACUGAAAGGAUCAAUCAACUGAACUCAGAACAUCAUGAAGGAUGGUAUGCCAAUGGACCAGUGGCUGGAUGGAUGGAUCUGCAAUUUACCGUCCGAAAAUAUAAGAAAACACUCCUCAAUAUCUAGCAUCCUAAUCUCCUGUGUGUUUACUGAGACAAAUGCCAGGAAUAAGAAGAGACUAUUGAGAAUCCCUGGUUAUAAAAAACAUCCUGUACACUAAUGAAACACAAAACACGAUCAUAACAUGGCCCUGCUUCUUUCAGGUCUGUGUCUGACUGACAGCUGUUGCUGUUAAAGAGAGCAGAUUGUUUCUUCAGUUGAUGGUAAAAGAAAAGAUGUCUUUUUUUUCAUUUGUAUAGACUGUUCUUCUUUGUUUCAAGGCUGGAAAUAACCUUACAAUGAAAUAUUUCAAUGUUUUUUUUAUUAGAAAUUAUACUCUAUAUUGCCACCACUUUAAGGCAUGUUAAUUUAUGUUGAUGGAUAUGUCAAAUAAAGGUGAUCUAUUGAAUAUGAUGCUCUUUUCAUGUAUUUGCAAGAGUGGUUAGACUUUGUAACAUGUCCAUUGGGCAACCUGGAACUGUAUUAACUAGUCACACACAUCACAAAUAUGCACAAAUACACACAUGCAGUCACACUGUGUCCUCUGUACCACCAUGUCAACUCUGCUUCAGUGCCCCAUUGAAGCGGUAGUUCUUUUUGAUUACCGCAACCGCUCUGCGAAGGCAAACAAUAACAAACCUAAUGCCUCUCUCG